AUGCUUCGCUCCGUCUCGCGCCAGCUGCCUCGAGCUCUCUGCAAGCCGAAACCUGCCCUCCCCGCAACCCGCUUCAUCUCCAGCACCAGCCUGCGAAUGGCCUCACAGCUGCCUCCCGUACGUCCUCCGGUCUCGUCGACACUUCCGGCAGACUCCUACCAGCUGCUAUCGACUGCUGAAAAAGCCGGUGCGGCCGAAGAUGCCCUGUUCGAGGAGCAAGUCAAGGCCGUAAACGAGUGGUGGGCUUCAGACAGAUAUGAGGGCAUCAAGAGGCCAUAUUCCGCCGAAGCGGUGGUGAGCAAGCGAGGAGCCUUGCAACAGACAUAUCCUAGCUCGCUGAUGGCGAGGAAGUUGUUCAAUCUGCUGAACGAGCGAGCUGCGGAGGGCAAACCAGUUCACACUCUGGGUGCCAUUGACCCCGUGCAGAUGACCCAGCAAGCACCAAACCAAGAGGUGCUAUACAUCUCUGGAUGGGCGUGCUCGUCGCUUCUUACCUCCACCAACGAGGUCUCCCCGGAUUUUGGAGACUACCCGUACAACACCGUACCGAACCAGGUACAGCGGCUUUUCAAGGCGCAGAACAUGCACGACAGGAAGCAUUGGGAUGCAAGACGCAAGCUGUCGCCAGAGGAGCGCAAGUCAACGCCGUAUAUCGACUACAUGCGCCCAAUCAUUGCAGACGGUGAUACCGGACACGGCGGCCUCACAGCAGUGAUGAAACUUGCCAAAUUGUUUGCUGAGAACGGUGCCGCGGCCGUACACUUUGAAGACCAGCUUCACGGUGGCAAGAAAUGUGGUCAUCUUGCCGGCAAGGUUCUUGUACCAAUUGCCGAACAUAUCAACAGACUGGUUGCCGCCCGCUUCCAGUGGGAUAUCAUGGGCACUGAGAACCUGCUUAUUGCACGAACUGACUCUGAGAGCGGCAAGCUACUCAGCAGCACCAUCGAUGUGCGUGACCACGAGUUCAUCCUCGGUGUGACGGAGGACGGCGACCCAUUGGCCGAGACUCUGCAGAGAAUGGAGCUGGAAGGUGCAUCCGGUGCUGAGAUUGAUGUCUUCGAAGCUCAAUGGGUCAAGAAGCACAAACUGGUUACUUUUGACGAAGCUGUGGACCAACACCUUGCCGCAGAAGGAGCUUCCGAGUCCGCCCGAAAUGAGUACAAAUCCCACGUUCAGGAGAACCGCGAUCUUUCGAUCUCCGCCCGCCGUGAGCUAGCUGCCAAAUAUUCCAAAAACCCCGUCUUCUGGUCCUGGGACAUUCCACGCACCCGUGAAGGCUUCUACCACUACCGUGCCGGCAAUGAAGCAGCCACCAAGCGUGCCAUCGCAUUUGCACCCUACGCAGACCUCCUGUGGGUUGAGACUGGAGACCCCAAUGUUAGCAAAGCCGCAGAUUUCGCUGGGAAAAUUCGCAGGAAAUACCCUGGAAAGAAACUGGUAUACAACCUAAGCCCAUCGUUUAACUGGAUGGGACAAGGGUUCACCGAGCAGACCCUGAAGUCGUUCAUCUGGGAUCUGGCGGAGCAUGGGUUCAUUCUUCAACUUAUUUCCCUCGCCGGCCUGCACUAUAACGCCACGAUGGCCACGGAGCUGUCUCGUGGAUUCAAAGAAGACGGCAUGCUGUCUUACGUCAACUUGGUGCAGAAACGUGAAAAGGAAAUGGGUGUCGACGUACUCACACAUCAGAAAUGGAGUGGAGCACCGUAUGUUGACGGCGUAUUGGGAUCUAUUCUCAGCGGAAGUAGUUCGAACAAGAGCAUGGGCGAAGGAAACACCGAGGACCUCAUGGAUAGGAGGAAUAUAUAA